GGCUCAAUCACGUUCAUACGGUUGGUGAUCGCCUCCAAAAUGCGGGGGACUACGAUGCUACAUAUACUUUCCUUUAUGUUCACCAUACCCACCGCCUUGAACAAUUUUGCUUCAUUUACUCACAUCACCUGACUCGCCCGUGAUUUGCCAUAUCGUCAACACCAAAAUGACCUCCAAAGCCCCCAUCCCCUUCUCCGACCCCCCAGCCCUCAUGGGCCUCCCCUCCCCCUACUUCACCCCUUCCCACCUCCAAUGGGCCAAAGCCAUCCGCCCCUUCAUCACCUCCAACCUCCACUCCCUCGCCGUCGAAUCCGAGCAAUCCCCCACCGCCACCGUCCCCGAAUCCGUCUUUUCCACCUUUGCCAACCACCACAUGCUCAUCCCCGCCCUCCCCGCCCCCCUGCCCGCAGCCUGGCUCAAAAAACUCGGCAUCCACACCCUCCUCGGCGGCCUGAAAGUAGAAGACUUUGACUCCCUUCACGGCUACAUCUACAGCGACGAAAUGGUCCGCUCCGGCCUCGCCGGCCCCCCAGGCUCCCUCACGACCGGCAUCGCCUUCGGCCUCCCCCUCAUCCUCAAGUUCGGCUCCCCCACCCUCCAAGAAAAAAUCGUCCCCGACAUCCUCCUGGGCAGAAAAAGAAUCUGCAUCGCCAUCACAGAACCCGAGGCCGGCUCCGACGUGGCCGGGAUCGUGACUACGGCCAAGAAAUCCCCCGACGGACAACACUACAUUAUAAACGGCACCAAGAAAUGGAUCACAAACGGCAUCUGGUCCGACUACGCCUCCAUGGCCGUCCGCACCGGCCCCCCCGGUUCGGGAGCAGCAGGCAUUUCCCUCCUUGUCGUCCCGCUCAAAAACUACCCCGGGGUUAACAUGCGCCGUCUCAAAGUCGCGGGACAAAUCUCGGCCGGGACUACUUUCAUCGAGCUGGACGACGUGCAAGUCCCGGUUGAGAACCUGAUUGGAAAGGAAAACCACGGGAUGAAGUACAUAAUGACCAAUUUCAACCAUGAGAGGUUAGCCGUCGCCACGGGGACGACAAGGCAGGCUCGGGUGGCGCUCAGCGCGGCCUUCGAGUACGUCAUGAAGAGGGAGGCGUUUGGAAAGCCGCUGGUGGAACAGCCCGUGGUGCGGCACCGGCUGGCGAAAGCGGGCGCGUUGCUGGAGAGUUUGACUGCGUGGGUGGAGCAUUUUGCUUAUUGGAUGACAAGACUGCCGGCGGAGGAGGCGGAUGUCAAGUUGGGGGGUAUGACGGCGUUGCUGAAGGCGCAGGCGGGGAUUGUGUUCAGGGAGUGUGCUGAUACGGCGGUGUUGUUGUUUGGGGGCAAUGGGUUCACCACUACGGGGCAGGGAAUGGUUGCUGAGAUGCUCUACCGAGAGGUUCCGGGGACGAGAAUUCCGGGAGGGUCGGAGGAUGUCCUGCUUGACUUGGCGGUUCGGCAGCUGCUCAAGAUUUACAAGGUGCAGACCAAGAUGUUGGAGGAUGGAAAGGCUGCGAAACUGUAAGAAUGUCCGCGAUAUUGUUUUGUAGUAGUUUUUAAUAUCAUGCAACCACGCCGCCCCAAUCUAUCCGCACCGCCUUGGGUUCCGGAUGGGUGGAGCCCGGGACGUGACCAAAAACACCAGCCGACUCGAAGAUGGUACUUUUCGGCAGCAUUUUCGGCGCUGAGGAGCCAAUAAGAAGGGUUGCAUACAGAAACCAAUCGUUAUUGUCAGGCCGAAUAAGCCACGUCUCGUUGUUCUCCCUCGUUGGAGAGAAGCGGGAUUCGAAGAGCCCUCCAAAACAAGGAAAAGAAAAAGGCACCGUCGGCGGCAGAGCCCGCCAUGCUGUGGCACAACUGAAACCAGGGAGGGGAGAGAAAGGCUCUGAUCAGUUGAUAUCCACAUGUUCCCAAAAAGGGUUUCAAUAGAGACAGACUAGGCCGGCCGGCCGAAGAAGGAACGAAAAAGAGAGGAUCAACAAAUGCGAGGGCGAGUGCGGUUGUGUACGUAGGUCUGGUCUGCUGAUCAAUCAUCAAUCGGGGCACAAAAAAAGGAGAGGCAAG